AUGUCUGACACAGGCCUUGGGGCAGUGACACGAGAUUCUACACUUUGUGUGCAUGCCUGUUUUCUCAUAAAAUGUAUGUCUGAGAGGGAGGAGUGCAUUCGAGAGAUUGCUGUCAACUUGUUAAUUCAGCUUAGAGACAAGUUUCCACAGGUUCUCUGGAAUUCGUCUUGUCUAGAUUCCCUGUUAUUUUCUGUUGAUGAUGGCUCAUCCUCUGCUCUUGUGAAUGAUCCUGCAUGGAUAGCAGCAGUUCGGUCGUUGUACGAACGAGUUGUUCGGGAGUGGAUCAUUAAAUCUCUUUCAUAUGCUCCAUGUACUACUCAGGGCCUUCUUCAGGAGAGGCUUUGUAAAGCAAAUUCAUGGCAGAUAUCAAGGCCUGCAACUGAUGUUAUAUCUCUUUUAUCUGAGAUAAGGAUUGGAACGGGUAAGAAUGACUGUUGGACUGGCAUACGAACUGCAAACAUCCCUUCAGUCAUGGCAGCUGCUGCAGCAGCAUCUGGUGCAAACUUGAAGUUGACUGAACCCUUCAAUUUCGAGGUACUCAGUACUGGCAUAGUCAGUGCAACAGCAAAGUGCAAUCAUGCAGAAAUCACUGGCAUGAGAAAUUUAUUUAAUAGCAUUGGUGGAUUUCAAACGGGCAAUGCAGCUCAAGGUUUUGGAUUGGGCAUUGGGAUUCAGAGGUUGAAGUCAGGAGUGUUUACUCAGCAGAUGUCGGCUGAGAGUGAUUCAUUUGACAAGGUGGUACUUACAAAAUUCAUUCAGCAACUGCAGCAAUUUGUAAAUGUUGCUGAGAAAGGUGGGGAAGUGGACAAGACCUUGUUUCGCCAAAUUUGUUCACAGGCAACAGCCUUCCUAUUGUCAAAUAUGGAUCUUGACUCAAAAUCAAACAUAGAUGGUUUCUCUCAACUUUUGCGCCUUCUCUGCUGGUGUCCUGCAUAUAUCUCAACUGCUAAUGCCAUGGAGACUGGUGUUUAUAUUUGGACUUGGUUGGUGUCUGCUGCACCUAAACUGGGAUCACUUGUUUUAGCAGAGCUUGUUGAUGCAUGGUUGUGGACAAUUGAUACGAAACAUGGCCUUUUUGCAUAUGAAGAGAGGUACAGUGGACCUGCUGCCAGACUUAGGCCGCACCUUGCACCAGGGGAACCUGUAGCACAGCCUGAAAGCGAUCCUGUUGAGCAGAUUGUUGCUCAUAGACUGUGGCUUGGAUUUUUUCUUGACCGCUUUGAGGUUAUUCGCCACAGCAAUGUGGAACAGCUCUUGCUCCUUGGUCGGAUGUUGCAAGGAACUACAAAGCUUCCAUGGAACUUUUCACGACAUCCAGCUACUGGUACUUUCUUCACGGUCAUGCUUCUUGGGCUCAAGUUCUGCUCGUGCCAGUCUCAGGGUAAUCUAUUUAAGUUUAGAGCAGGACUUCAGUUACUAGAAGACCGGAUUUUCAGGGCUUCUCUGGGAUGGUUUGCUUAUGAGCCCGAAUGGUAUGAAAUGAAGGAUUUGAAUUUUGCCCAGAGCGAGGCUCAAUCUGUAUCCAUAUUUGUUCACUACUUACAGAACGAGCGAGUAGAUUCUCCUCAAUCUGACUUAAAGGGAUCAGGACGUGAAAAUGGGAGCUCUUUAUUCAAUGAGAAUAACAAAUACCAUCCUGUCUGGGGUGCCAUGGACAAUUAUGCUGUUGGAAGAGAGAAGAGAAAGCAGCUCCUUCUGAUGUUAUGUCAACAUGAGACUGACAGGCUUGAAGUUUGGGCAAAACCCACUAACUCAAAGGAAGUUGGUUUUCGGCUCAAGAUAAGCUCUGAUAGAUGGAUUGAAUAUGCAAGAACUGCAUUCUCUGUGGAUCCUCGUAUUGCUUUGUCUUUAGUCUCAAGAUUCAGGACAAACCCUCAUUUGAAGGCAGAAGUAACUCAGCUGAUUCAGGUUUGUGAAGUUUAUCUUAUCGUAAAUGGGCUACGAGUCAGACCUUAUAUCUGUUGCAAAAAAAUGGUCUGAGAGAAUAAGAUGCUGCUCCCAUCUCUUCCCAAAUUUUUGUUGGUUACAUUGCAGUUUCUUACUCCUGCAUAUAAGGGUCAUCCACGUGUCAUGGCCUAUGUUCUCAGAGUUCUGGAGUCCUACCCCCCCGAGAGAGUGACAUUCUUCAUGCCGCAGCUGGUUCAGGCACUGCGAUACGAUGAAGGGAGAUUAGUGGAGGGAUAUCUACUGAGAGCUACUCAGAGAAGCGAUGUUUUUGCCCAUAUAUUAAUAUGGCAUCUGCAGGGUGAGACCUGUGCAUCAGAGCCAGGGAAAGAAACCAUUAUUUCUGUGAAGAAUAAUAACUUCCAAGCGAUAUUGCCGGUUGUGAAGGAGCAUAUAAUUGAUGGUUUCACUCCUAAGGCCCUUGAUUUAUUUAAAAGAGAGUUUGAUUUCUUUGACAAAGUUACAUCUAUCUCCGGUGUACUCUUUCCGCUACCCAAGGAAGAGCGUAGAGCUGGCAUCCGGAGGGAGUUGGAGAAAAUUGAAAUGGUGGGAGAUGACCUCUAUUUACCAACUGCUCCUAAUAAACUUGUCAGAGGUAUUCGGGUGGACAGUGGAAUACCUCUACAAUCGGCGGCAAAAGUUCCUAUCAUGAUCACCUUCAAUGUGGUUGAUCGUGAGGGCGACCCGAAUGAUAUAAAGCCUCAAGCUUGUAUAUUUAAGGUUGGAGACGAUUGCCGGCAAGAUGUCCUUGCUCUUCAAGUGAUAUCACUUCUUCGAGACAUAUUUGAAGCAGUAGGGCUUAACCUAUAUCUCUUCCCUUAUGGUGUUCUCCCGACUGGCCCAGAAAGAGGAAUCAUUGAGGUUGUGCCCAACACUCGUAGCAGGAGUCAAAUGGGUGAAACAACUGAUGGGGGUUUAUACGAAAUAUUCCAACAGGACUAUGGGCCUGUUGGUUCACCCAGUUUUGAAGCUGCACGUGAAAAUUUCAUCAUUAGUAGUGCUGGUUAUGCAGUUGCUAGUCUUCUGCUUCAACCAAAAGAUAGGCACAAUGGCAAUCUUCUUUUUGACAACAUGGGAAGGCUUGUCCAUAUCGAUUUUGGCUUCAUCCUAGAAACAUCACCAGGUGGAAAUAUGCGUUUUGAAAGUGCACACUUUAAACUGAGUCAUGAAAUGACUCAACUACUUGACCCCUCUGGAGUCAUGAAGAGUGAGACUUGGAAUCGCUUCGUGAGAUUGUGUGUGAAGGGCUAUCUUGCUGCUCGUCGUCACAUGGAUGGUAUCAUCAACACAGUGUUAUUAAUGGUCGACAGCGGAUUGCCUUGUUUUAGCCGUGGCGAUCCCAUCGGCAAUCUGCGGAAAAGAUUUCAUCCUGAAAUGAGUGAGCGUGAGGCGGCGAAUUUCAUGAUCCGCACUUGCACGGACGCGUACAACAAAUGGACUACUGCCGGAUAUGACCUAAUACAGUAUCUACAGCAAGGCAUAGAGAAAUGAUUUUUUUAUUAACCCUCCUUUUCUCUUUCCUCUUCGAUUCUUAGUGAAGCUUGUGUCUUCCUCUGUAAAUUAACGCUUCUACUUCGUAGGAAUCAUUUUAUAGUCGCGAUUGUGACAGGGAACCCCCCCGCUUACAUUUAACGGGAAAAUCCGUGUGAUCUCUCAUGUGCAAUUUGAGUUGUUGACGACCAUGGGGGUUUCCUGAUGAGGUUUUCAGACAGGCUGUCCUCACAUUGUAUUUGUGUAAAGAUGCUUAGCUUAUAUUUAUAUAUCGUUGGUUUGAUUGGCA